AUGGAUUAUCGCCGCAUGGGAAAUAUGGCGGAUUAUGGCCGCAUGGGAAAUAUGGAGGUGCACCUGGGAAAUACAACGUCAACAAUCUCUAUGCAUCUGAGAGAUCUGUGGAAGAGCCCAAGAGGGACAGUGCUCCGUAUCCAGGCUCUGACAGGGCUGGUCAUCAUCCUCAGUUUCCUCCUUGCUACCUUUGGGUCAUGCCGCCGCUGGUCCAAUCGUUGGAUAGUUCAAAAGGGCUUUUUUAUUGCACAUGCAUUAUCUCUGUCUCUUGGGACAUACAGCAUUGGUUUAAUGCAAUCUUCAUCCGUGAAGAGCGAGAUGUUUCCAAUAUGGACUGUGUGCUUGUUCACCAUCUUUGUCAGUAUUGAUCCAGUCACCACCUACAAUGGUCUUGACUACAAGGGCCCGCUCUCAAAGAUGGUAUAUGGGAUUUGCCUCAACUUUGGAUACGUCCUGCUGAUGACUAUCUCAACUAUCUCCAGUGGUGUUGGUAGUACAGCCAUCGGCAUGUUGUCUGCCAUCACUUUCAUAAAGGGCUUUCAUGGGUCAUUGGCGCUUGUGCAACAAAUGAGGAUGCGGAAUAUGGUACAAAAGUUACCAAAUAAUGACAAUUCUGCGGAAAAAUCUGUUUUAACAAAUAAAUCCACCCAUAGGGAUGCUAUGAUGGUCGAUUUUCCCACUGGCAUUGAUGGGCGGACGGAUGCUGUCACUUUGCAUGACAUUGAUGUGGUAAGGGAAAAGAAGAAUGAGCUACGGUCGUGUUAUGAUGUAUGCACGGCCUUCUCUCUGUCUCACUUGCUGCAACGACAUUUUCUUGGGUUGGGCUAUGGAAUAAUGCCAAAUCAACUAUAUUGGAGGGUGGAGGACAAUGAUGAGAAAAUUGAUUGCAAGUGGGCCCUAAAGCUAAUUGAGAUUGAGUUAGCUUUUCUGUUUGAGGUGUUUUUCACUGGUAACGCAUUCCUUCGCUACUAUCAAGCAAAAACUGCUAGUUUGUGGACAUUGGCUUCAUUCAUUGGGAUAUGCUUCGUCGGUGUAGCAGUUGCAAUUCCUGGUACAAUUACUUCCAGUCCUGGUGGUUCCGCCAACAUUCUAGACACCACGACUGCAGAUCUUGUUACCACUUUUUUCAUAUUGGCAUCGCUGGCUCUGUUGCAGUUGGUGCAAUUGAUUCAAUGCUGGACGUCCAACUGGGCGAGACUCGCCGUUGCCUGCGCGUACGCCAGGAACCACCGAAAGAAGGAAACCAUGCUGGGUGAGGAUAAAAUUCCAAACAAACAAGGGGAGGACGUGGGAGGAGAAGGAAAACAGAGAGGUGGUGGAGAAGAAAGGAGGGGCUCAGUACCCCCUACACCUCUUUCCUGGAUCGCCCACUGCAUGUGGGAGCGGUGGAUGGGACUGAAGGUGUAUGUAGCUACCGGCACUAAUUGGUCUGACAAGCACCUCUGGCAAGAUAAGAUCCGCCAACAUUCACUGUUACCAGAAGGGAGAUUAAUCGGGAUUAAAGAAGGUAAAAGAAAGAUUCGCAGCCGCCGUAGGAGAGAAAAGGGGAAAUCCAUAGUUGAUCGUACAAUUGACCGUCUUUACCGGGGAUGUGUUGGCUUGGUUAAGCUGCUUGGAUUGGACUACAUCUGGGAGGUUUUGUUGGACUUGUUGGGUGGAGACUCCAACAAAAGUGCUGCCAUUAGGUUGGAUGACGUCGAUGUCAAAGCAUCAAUCAUUGAUUUUCUUGAACAGAUCAAGCUUGACAACAUAGAUGGCAAAUGGUUUUCCUUUCCUAAGCAUCCAAUCAUCAAUGGUUUUCUUCCCUACUCCCAUGAGCAGAAACAAAGAUUCUCAGAAACGCAUGGCCAACGAUAUGCCAGAUGUGUUAUAAUGUUGCACAUUGCCACAUGGUACUGCGAACUAGCGGAGCAGGAGCAGGAGAAGAAGCCGGAUGGGUCAAGCAAGUCUGCUGCCAGUAAUUUGCUUCAAAUAGUAGCAUGUUUUUUAAAAAACAAAGAUGCAGCAACAGCAGCGGAAGGAGGAGAAAGAGAAGAGAAUCGGAAUCAUCGGCGCGUGGCCAAUGCUCUAUCCAAGUAUUGCGCCUACUUGGUGGUGUCAGCUCCGGAGUUACUCCCUGGGCCGGCCUCUGAUGUGACGCACGCGUACAAUGACUUUAAAUUGUCCAAGGACCUAUAUCUUAGGGUUAUCUCGGAUCCUGAAUUUUGGAAAGGUCUCUCCAGCAGGUCAACAUUUGGAAUUACUCCCACUCAGGCUGGCUUGCAUCUGGCAAAGCUACUUGUCGGUGACGAUCGUCCGCCUCUGGACGGUACGCGUAGCUCUGACGUUUGGGAGACGCUGGCGGAUGUGUGGGUCCGGAUGCUGGUCUACGCUGCGCCGUAUGGCAACCUAGAGGCGCACAUGCGGCACCUCUCACAGGGUGGCGAGUUCAUCACCCAUAUCUGGGCCUUGCUCUACCACAUAGGCAUCCGUGAGUGGACAUUUCAGCAGAAUCUGCACACCAUCGACAGCAUCUCCGACGCUGACGAGAUACUCAUGAAGGAUAAACUGAUGGUCGUCGCCUUCGUCGACUCCCUAUAUGGUUCCGACAGUGAUGUGGUUGCUACUACUGCAUCAAAGCAUAUAGAUCGGGUCACGUUUUACCUGACCUCAAAACCUGAUGUUGCGAAGCGUUUCCACAUUGACCCAGCAGCAAAGCGCCCGGCAUUAAUAUUCAUCAAGAGAGAGGAGAAGUUCACCUUAUACGAGACGCCAACGGGGGCGUCUGGUGUCAUCAUCACUACCUGGGACGGAUCCCUCUGCUCGCUCUCCUCCUCUACUGAGCAACCUUUCUCUGGAGGCAAGAACAACUCCGCCUUCAACGUCCCGGAGGCAAACUCUGAAGAACCGAAAGGGCGACUAGAGAGGGGGAAGUGA